CUAAUUUUUUUUUAUUUUUUAUUUUUUAGAUGGAGUCUCGCUCUGUCACCCAGGCUGGGGUGCAGUGGUGCGAUCUCUGCUCACUGCAACCUCUGCCUCCUGGGUUCAAGCGAUUCUCCUGCCUCAGGCUCCUGAGUAGCUGGGACUACAGGCACACGCCACCAUGCCCAGCUAAUUUUUGUAUUUUUAGUAGAGACAGGGUUUCAGUAUGUUGGCCAGGCUGGUCUGUAACUCCUGACCUCGUGAUCCACCCUCCUCAGCCUCCCAAAGUGUUGGGAUUAUGGGCGUGAGCCACCACGACCGACCUGAACACUGUUAUUAUCCCAGUUUUCAUAGCAGGAAAACAAGGCCAGAAAUGCCAGUAUCACUGAGUGAGAAAAUUAGGAAGAAGUGGCGACUGGAUGUAAGCCCUGACAUCUGACUCCAGAGCCAGCUCUUAACCCUGUUCCCGGACAGCCUCCCCAGGCAUGGAAGUGCGGAGAUAGCCGGUCCUGGUGCUCAGUGCUGUCCCCAGGCUGGGUAUCCCGCUCUCGGAGGCAGCAAAGCACCUGCUCUGAGUGGCCAUGGGGAAGCGAUACUUCUGUGACUACUGCGACCGCUCCUUCCAGGACAACCUCCACAACCGCAAGAAGCACCUGAACGGUCUGCAGCACCUCAAGGCCAAGAAGGUCUGGUACGACAUGUUCCGAGAUGCAGCUGCCAUCUUGAUGGAUGAGCAGAACAAGCGGCCCUGCAGGAAGUUUCUACUGACAGGCCAGUGCGACUUUGGCUCCAACUGCAGAUUUUCCCACAUGUCAGAGCGAGACCUGCAGGAGCUGAGCAUCCAGGUGGAGGAGGAGAGGCGAGCCAGGGAGUGGCUCCUAGAUGCUCCCGAGCUCCCCGAGGGCCAUCUGGAGGACUGGCUGGAGAAGAGAGCCAAGCGGCUGAGCUCAGCCCCAAGCAGCAGGGCUGAACCCAUCAGAACCACCAUCUUCCAGUACCCCGUGGGCUGGCCACCAGUUCAGGAGCUGCCCCCAUCCCUGCGGGCACCCCCACCUGGGGGGUGGCCUCUGCAGCCCAGAGUCCAGUGGGGCUGAGCCCCUUGCUCCCGACUGACCCCCACGUGGUCACUUUUCUCAUCAGUCACAAUAGGAAGCCAAGCCCCAUUCCUGCUACGCCCCAUGGAGGCUCCGAGACCAUCUGCCUGGCCUCACUGAGGCUCAGGACAUGGCCACACCAAGUGCAGCCCUUGUCCUGCGUCUGCACCGGGCAGCUCCCUCCUCACUCUCCUCCACCUGCCCCCCUGCUUCUUAAGAAGAUGGGGGAGAAAACUUCCAGAUGUUUAUAAAGAAAGUCUGUCACCA